AUGGCUGCUACACCAACACCCCCAUCACCCAAGAGCAGAACCGAAGCCAACGUCGAGCUCAAUGGAAAAUCACCCGGGUCUGCAGAUAAGGCUUCCGCUGAGACCGGCACCGGAAACAACCCUGCUUUAGCAUCAGAGGCAGAGAAUCGCAAGGACAGCAUACCCGAAGUCGAUUUGACAAAGGACACUCCUGCACCUACAACAAGCAACGAAGAGCAAGGCACCAAGCGCACCCACGAUGAGUCCACCAGUGCACCAGGAGUCGACGAUCCAGAAGUCUAUCUCGGUCAACUUCCCGUCACAGACAGCUGCCAAGUCGUCCGCAACAAGAUCAACAGACUCAUCGAAUCCGGUGAGAUGAAAGUGGGAGAUUUCUGCACUGCGAUUGGCGUUAGCAGUAACGCAUACUACAACUUUAUGCACAAGCAUGGUACCAUGAAGGGUGCUGAGUGUGCUGCUUAUCCUAACGCUGCUGCCUUUUUCCAGAAGAGAGAGGCAGCUGGAUUGAAGUUGCCUACUAAGAAGCAGAAGACUGCUAAGGACGAUGGCAAGGGUGGUAAGGACGGCAAAGCCGAAGCCGAGAAACUUGAUAUCGAUGACAUUGAACUCUAUGGCGAGGAAACAGACUCAGUCCCUGUGUAUGAUACCUGCGAUGACAUUCGCCGUCAAAUCACAGCAUAUCUGAAGAAGCCUGGUGUCACCCAAGCACAAUUCGGCCGUGACUUGCUCAAACAGUUCCACACCGACAGAGCUCCCAAGGGAAUCAGCGGCUCUCAAAUGCAGGCAUUCAGAGGCAAAAAAGGCCCUGAUGCCGGUAACACGAGCUCUGUCUUUUAUGGCGCAUAUGUCUUCUUCGAGAAGAUGCGUAUCAAGCAGAACAAGCCAAAGAGUGAGAAGAGAAAGGAGAUGGAGGAAGUCUGGGGUCCUGGCGGCUUCGACAUUGAGCAUAAUUCCGCCACCACAAGGAUUCUCUGCGAAAUGGGCGACAUUGUCACGAAAGACAAAUUCGGAAAAAUGCACUCCUACAAGCCUUAUGAGAUGGCUGCACAAGCACGCCUGGACGAUUAA